AUGAACGAACUCGUUUCAACCUUUGUAUUAGGCGCGCCCGAUUUCCCAGCUAUCAAGAAGUCCGUGUCGGAAUCACUCUCCAACAUGGGUGGUGCUUCUUCGCGUCCGCCACCCCCGCCGCGCGUUGCGACAACAUUAACGUCGACAACGGUAUGGGUUCGGCAUCUUCCUCCAAUCAUCUCAAGCGACGCACGACAGGCGAUUCACUCUGCCAUUCAGUUGCGCAAUCGCUAUUUGGCGGGGGACGAGACAAGCUCGGGGCCCCAGGCCGUGGCUUCGCUCGUCGAACGGCUAGAGACCCUGAUUGAGGAGGCUCGAGAAGCUGCCAACAUUCGCGAUUUUGUCGUGCUCGCGAUAGAGUCGACAAUACUGUCUUUGACGACUGACUAUGGCGCACCUUCAAAGAGACUGUUGGAUCUUGCGCGCGCAGUCAACCCCUUUCUUAACCAGCAAGAUGGCACAACCGAGCCAGGCCCAAGCUCGAGCGCGGAUGGCGGGCUGCCUGUCCCCUUUAGACAAUCUGACUUGGCUCUGAUUGACGACCCCGAGAAAGAUUUGCUUGUCUUACUGCACUACUGCGACAUUGCCAAUCUCAAGAGCUCCCCAGAUGAGACAGUGGCUCAAUUAUCGAAAAUGGCGGACAAGUACGGUACAAUCAAGGACCUUGACCUCCGCAAGGAACACAUCACCGAAUGCGAGGUCUACAUCCACUGGACAAUCAUGUACUUGACGUCCAACCUCUCGACACUGGCCGCGCCCACGGCCUUUUCUCUGGGCUCUGGCACCAAGCUUGACUUUGAGAAGAGCAUUCAGAUGAGUCGUCUUCUGACCAUCAGCGAAAUGCUCAUCAAGGAUGCGAGGAGCGAUCAGGUAUGCUUCCUGCUCAUGUUCCUGAGGCGGUGUGCCACAAAUCAAGAGAAGACGUGGUGGCGGUCGAGGACCAAGGGCGUGUUGAAGGGUUUGAAGAAGACUCGAAGCGGGAAAGGCCAGUGGCAUGUCGACUUUGCGGAGAAGAACCUUGCAAGCCUGAAGCGUCUUGAGGAAGACGGUGAAGAGCGUUGGUCACGGCGCGGAUCGCUGAUGAUUGAGCGGGAGGAGUUGGAAAUGGGGAAGAUGAAGGGGGAUUAA